CUCUUAAAAUUUCUUAAUCGAGAGACUAGGUAGCCUUUGUUAAAUAAAAUGUCGAAUAUGGGGUUUGUAUACUUACCCUAUAAUCUUCUUCCUCUCUGUCGUGUUAGGGUUUGAAGCGUUGCAGAAAGCUUCGCUUGCAGGAGUUAUGAACAGCACCCCAAGCUAAUGCAGUUUCACGAUUCUCGCUCUAUUCUUUCGAUCAAUAUUUAACUUCGCUUUACCCAAUUAGUAACAUCAAGCGUCUAAAUUUCUCCACAGUUUCAUUUCGCAAUGGCUGCGAGGCUCGCAAUUCUGAGGGGCAACAGAGGAAGAUUGGGCAGUGUUUUAGGGUUCAAUAGGUGGAUUCAUUCUGUGCCCCAAUCUCCUCCUUUAGCUGGGAGCAUUGAUCUCGGCGUUCCGUCAUCGCAAUUCGUUUUGCCUGAGUUUAAUUCCUCAAGUUUCUCUUUGGGUGGCUCUAUGGAACUCAUGGCUGUUCCAAAAAGAAAGGUUUCUCCCCAUAAAAGAGGCAUAAGGAAUGGACCAAAAGCUUUGAAACCUGUUCCUGUGAUUGUUCUAUGCAAGAGCUGUGGUCGUGUCAGGCUUCCACACUUCUUCUGUUGCGGUGGGAAACCUGAUAAGGGUAAUACUGGUGAACAGAAUGGUAGUACAAGCUAAGCAAGCUGUUUGGGAUGAGGCACCGGCCGUCGGUUCAUGGGAAUAGCUACCCACAUGUCUUUCCGUUUGGUAGUAAUCCUUUAUUUCCUUGUUUCUUAAGCAAUGCCAUCGUUGGAUCCGAAGUUUAUUGCUUUACCAGAUAAAUGGAAUGGUUGGUUGGAAAAUUUACGAAUUUUGGUGGUAUUUUAAUUUCAUUUAAGAGUAACAGUUCAUGUAUAAAACCAUUGUCCUCUAGAAGCUAAAUAGAGGUUACGCGUAUCUAAACUAGCUAAAUAGCGGUGUAACUCAGAUUUACAGUACCAUUUCGUACUCAAUAAUCGUAAAGGUAAAAAGGGCGUAAAUGUAAAUUCACCGGACCUGCGGGCAAGCUUGCAAAUUUUAGGCCGAAGGGCCUGUUAGAAAUCUGCUGUUGGUGAACAACUUGUGAUUGAAUCAAGCUUCGAAUACUGAAGGCCUAGUCUUAUUCUUAUCAUUAAUUUUAUAUGUAAGUAUAAAACUUCGAGAAACAGAUGGAUAACUGACAAAAUAUAGCAAGUUUAUUUUUCUGCAUUCAUGGAUCGUUUGAUGGAAAUAUAUUUGAUACAUUAAACGUUUUUCUUUCCU